AUGUGCCACUUUCAGGUCUCCUCACACUGCUGGUGUGUUCCAUUUUUUGUCAUAGGGUGCUGGCAGAUUACGGGCCUCCCAUAGCUGCUGCCAGGCCCCUAAUCUGCCAUGGGCCCCUGUACCGCCUCCUCAUGCUGCUGCCAGGCCCGUAAUCUGCCAUGGGCCCCCGUACCGACUCCUCAUGCUGCUGCCAGGGCCCGUAAUCUGUCAUGGGCCCCUGUACCGCCUCCUCAUGCUGCUGCCAGGUCCAGAGUGUGUCAUGGGUCCCUGUACGGCCUCCCAUUGCUGCUGUCUCCAUCGCCACACUCUGCCAUGUGCCACUUUCAGGUCUCCUCACACUGCUGGUGGUUUCCAUUUUUGUCAUAGGGUGCUGUAUGGCCUCCCAUUGCUGCUGCCUCCACCGCCACACUGUGGCUCCACACUCUGGUUUUGGCCCCGUGAAUGCCCAAAUGAGUGAAGUGUGCGGUGAUUCUAAGAUCGACGGCACUCAUCUGCAUGUCAUACUGACUGUCAGUAUUAUUUCUCUUCCCCAGCAGACUCCAAGGGCAUUUAAAUUAAAGGUACAGUGUUCUGCACUAAUAUAA